AUGUCCCAGCAUAUCCACACCUCGAUUGAAGGUCGAGUCCCUGAUGAUAUAGAACACGAAGACACUGCAAACGGAGGUGUCACAGACAGCGCACCACUACUGCACGAUGUUCAGCCCAACGAAGACGAAACCCCGAAACCAUGGAAAUCUUCUUCGAGAAGCCGCAUCCCCAUGAUUGUCUAUCUCAUCUUCCUCAUGGUCUGCCUGGAGUUCGAGGAAAGCGUUCAGGCUAUACCCACAGUCCGCCUCUACGAGUCAGCAAUCUGUCAACAAUACUACAAUGGCACAGUCGAGGAGAGCAGCCGCAAAACCAAGCCAAUCCAACAGAACCUGGCCCAGAUACGCAGGUGGCAAGGGCUAUUCGAUGCGCUCCCCACCUUGCUUCUUUCUAUUCCUUUUGGGUACAUGUCUGAUAUAAAGGGCCGUCGACUUGUUUUAUUCCUGAGCGAACUCGGCGAGAUAUGCUGCUUGGGCUGGAUCCUGAUGACUUGUUUGCUCUGGGCUAAAAUCCCCAUCUAUGUCGUCUGGAUCAACUCUUUAUUCAGGCUGAUAGGCGGUGGGCCCUACGAGGCAAUCGGGCUCAUCGGAGCAUUCUGCCUUUGCGGAAGAUCCUGA